UGUAUUAAUUUUCUUGGUUUAGUUUAAAUUAGUUUUGUCCUCUUGGCACAUCUUCUAAUUCUCUUUGUCAAUACUUAAAUACUCUCUCUUCAGUCUUGUAUUCUUCUUGGAGUUUUAAAGCUUUCAACCCCCUUUUUCUCUGGUCUAAAAUUGAACCAAAUCACCUUUUCUGGACCUUGUAAGUUCCAAGGCAGCUUCCUCAUGGAAACAAACAAGGAAGUUGCCCUGACCCAGAUGAGGAAAUCAGUACAGAAGCUUGGUUCUUCCGCAGAGGAAUAUGGGGAUCCAACACUUAUGAGGUUCUUGAUUGCAAGAUCAAUGGACCCAGAAAAGGCAGCCAAGAUGUUUGUUCAAUGGCACAAGUGGAGAUCUGCAAUGGUUCCAAAUGGGUUGAUUCCAGAAUCUGAAGUAGCCGAUGAAUUGGAAUGGAGAAAGAUAUUUCUGCAGGGUUUAUCAAGAGAUGGAUACUCGAUUGUGAUUUGUAAAGCAAGCAGACAUUUUCCUGCAAAAGAUCAUCUCCAAUUCAAGAAAUUUGUGGUUCAUCUGCUGGACAAAACACUUGCAAGCUCCUUUAAAGGAAGAGAAAUAGGAAAUGAAAAAUUGAUUGGCAUUCUUGAUCUGCAGCAUAUAACAUAUAAGAACAUUGAUGCACGUGGAUUAAUUACUGGGUUUCAAUUUUUACAGGCUUACUAUCCUGAACGCCUAGCAAAAUGCUUUCUUUUGCAUAUGCCAAGAUUUUUUGUUAGUGUUUGGAAGAUGGUUUCUCGAUUUCUUGAGAAGGCAACACAAGAAAAGAUUGUGAUUGUCACCAGUGAAGAAGAAAUGAAGGAAUUUAUAGAAGAAAUUGGCGAGGAAACCUUGCCGGAAGAGUAUGGUGGCCGGGCAAAACUCAUAGCUCUUCAAGAUGCUGUUGUGACCGAAUUUGAAGGUUAAUGUCAGAACAUGAGCAGUCACCCGAAUUGCAGCAGUUGGAAGGUUGAAUCUUCCAAAACAACGGAAUUUGCAGUAGCCGGAUUGAAUACCUAAUCUCAUAGAACCAGACUAUAUGCUUAUAUGAAUAGUAACUGAGAUUGAGUAAUAAUGUUGAUUGAUAUACAUACUAACACUUGGCUCUUAUAUAUAUAUAUAUAUAUAUAUAUAUUAUCUAUACAAUCAUUUUCAUAUGUAUGCGGCA